UACAUGGCCAAUAGCUACUGUUCAGUGGGGGUGUUGAGGACCUCCAUGGGGGUCCUGCAACGACAACUGUACGAGGGAGGAGAGUAUGACAUUUUCAAGUACGCUCCCAUGUUUGAGAGCGACUUUAUCCAGGUCAGCAAGGAAGGAGAACUGAUUGACCUAGACAACCGCGUCCGAAGGGUGACUGUGGGCGUCGCAUCCACCAGCCCCCUCUUCCCACUACCUGACGUCAUGCUGCUGGCCCAAACAACGAAAGUCUGUGACGAGCAUGUCAGAUGCGCCGGGAUCACCAAGGGGAGAGGUUGCAAGCCCCUGAAGACCCUAGAGCUCACCAGGCUGCUUCCCUUAAAGUUUGUCAAGAUCUCCAUCCACAACCGUGAGAAACAGCAGCUGUGCCUGAAUCUUGCUACCGGCCGUACUUUCUAUCUGCAGCUGUGCCCCUCUUCCGAUGCACAAAAAGACCUCUUUUCCCAUUGGGAAAAGCUUGUCUAUAUCCUGAGACCACCGGUAGUCAGUUACAGCAGUACCCCGAUGCUCCAAACUGGAGAUGCAGCGACUACAGAGGAUGCCAAAAUCCUAACCACAGAGCUCCACAGAGAAAGGGAUCAGGAUGAGGCUGGGAUUCACAAGCUUCGUGACGUG